UGUGCCAUCUUUCUUAUACCCACUUGUCCCCAUGCCCUCCGUCCUCAAAGCUCAGACGACCAAGCUGCUCUUCUUCGUCUUCUCCUUGAUCUCUGCAGGCCAAGCGGCUAUCUCUUCCUCUCUCAUCUCUCAACCCAUACCAAACUCCCACUUCACACCUUCAGACUAGCUAAAGGGAGACUCGCUCAUAUGUUGUGAGCUAUGCAUAUGCUUCUCUAGCUAGCUCCACACAAAUUAUAUUACUCGGCAGCAAGCAAGCGCAGGACUUUUUCUCAUCCAAUAAUCCAAGAGCUACCCGUCAAGAUGGCAAACCGGUGGUGGACCGGCCACCUGAACCUGCCGGAGCAGCAGCCGUCCGGCUCGUCGGCCCCCAAGACCGAGCCCCCGCCCGUCCAAGACCCAGAGCCCAGCCCGGCAGGGGGCGCGCCGGGGGCCGACCACGCCGACGAGACCAACGAGUCCGGUGGCGGCGAGCCGCGCGAGGGCGCCGUGGUCGCGGCGCCCAACCGGCGCCCGCGUGGCCGCCCGCCGGGCUCCAAGAACAAGCCCAAGCCGCCCAUCUUCGUGACGCGCGACAGCCCCAACGCGCUGCGCAGCCACGUGAUGGAGGUGGCGGGCGGCGCCGACGUGGCCGACGCUAUCGCGCAGUUCUCGCGCCGCCGCCAGCGCGGCGUCUGCGUGCUCAGCGGCGCCGGGACCGUGUCCAACGUCGCGCUGCGCCAGCCGUCCGCGCCCGGCGCCGUCGUCGCGCUCCACGGGCGCUUCGAGAUCCUCUCGCUCACCGGCACCUUCCUCCCGGGCCCCGCGCCGCCGGGGUCCACGGGGCUCACCGUGUACCUGGCCGGCGGGCAGGGGCAGGUGGUUGGCGGCAGCGUCGUGGGCUCGCUCAUCGCGGCCGGGCCGGUCAUGGUGACUGCGUCCACGUUCGCCAACGCCACCUACGAGCGCCUGCCGCUCGACGAGGAGGAGGAAGCAGGCCCAGCCCCGCCGAUGCCCGACCCGCUCUUGGGCGGCGCCGCCCACGGGAUCGCCGACCCGUCGGCGCUGCCGAUGUUCAACUUGCCGCCGAGCAACGGGCAGCAGCUCGGCGGGGGCGACGGCUUCCCAUGGGCGCACCCUCGGCCACCGUACUGAUCCAUUCCAUGGAUGCCAAGGUCAGGCUGCUGCAUGGUUACUGUUCCAUUGGAGAUGGAUCGAGUGGCGUGGCGCCAGCAUUGUUAGGUUAGUACAUAUGAUGAAGUGGUACUAGAGUACUAGUACUGCUUUAAUUUGUUGCCGUGAAAUAAUCAAAUUAAUCUGGGAGUGUUUAUUUGUACUUAAUUAUUGAUCGAGCUUGCUAGCUUGCUCAUCAGCUUUCAUGCAUGUUGGAUGUACGUGUUGCAGCAAGCAAAGUUUGUUUUAUUUAGUUUUCAGAUAAUUCUAGAUCAGUGGAUUGCAUUGUCUCCUGCA